AUGCAGCCUGAUCUUACAGCACCUGGGGUCGACAUUUUAGCAGCAUGGUCUGAAGCUGUCCCAUUGACAGAAACCGAAGACGAUACAAGAGUUGUUUCCUACAACAUUAUUUCAGGUACAUCCAUGUCAUGUCCCCAUGCGAUCGGUGCGGCCGCUUAUGUUAAAUCAUUUCAUCCAACAUGGUCCCCUGCCGCCAUUAAAUCUGCUUUAAUGACAACAGCUUUUCCGAUGAGUUCCGAGAACAACAUCGAAGCUGAGUUCGCAUACGGUGCAGACCAUAUAAACCCUGCACUAGCAGCCCGACCCGGAUUGAUAUACGAUGCUGGGGAGAUUGAUUAUGUUAAAUUCUUGUGUGGACAAGGAUAUAGUCCUAAACAAAUCAAGCUCAUAACCGAAAGUAACACCAAAUGUUCUGAAGUAAUGAAUGAAGCUGUGUGGGAUCUAAACUACCCUUCUUUCGCACUAUCCACAACUCCCGGAGAUUCGGUCACACGAGUCUUUCAUCGGACAGUGAUGAACGUUGGCUCACCAGUGUCGACUUACAAGGCGGUCAUUAAUGCUCACCAGGACUCAUAA